AUGCUUGGUUUCGGCAAGCAGUUACAGUUACCCCCAGCCAGACAGCACCCCGGCUACAGUACCUCCCAGCCAACAGCGCCCCGGUUACAGUACCCCCCAGCCAGACAGCCACCUCCGGUUACAGUACCCCCAGCCAGACAGGCCCCGGUUACAGUUACCCCCAGACCACGUACAGCGCCCCGGUUACAGGUACCCCAGCAGCCAGACAGCGCCCACGGUUACAGUACCCCAGCCGACAGCGCCCCGGUUACAGUACCCCAGCCAGACAGCGCCGCCGUGUACAGUACCCCCAGCCAGACAGCCCCCGGUUACAGUACCCCAGCCAGACACGCGCCCGGUUACAGUACCCCCAGCCGACAGCGCCCCGGUUACAUACCCCAGCCAGACAGCGCCCGGUUACAGUACCCCCCAGCCAGACAGCACCCGUUACAGUACCCCAGCCAGACAGCGCCCCGGUUACAGUACCCCCAGCCAGACAGCGCCCCGGUUACAGCCCGGUUACAGUACCCCAGCCAAGACAGCACCCCGGUUACAGUACCCCAACCAGACAGCACCCCAGUUACAGACAUACCCCCAGCCAGACAGCACCCCGGUUACAGUACCCCCAGCCAGACAGCGCCCCGGUUACAGUACCCCCAGCCAGACAGCACCCCGGUUACAGUACCCCCAGCCAGACAGCGCCCGCGGUUACAGUACCCCCAGCCAGACAGCACCCCGGUUACAGUACCCCCAGCCAGACAGCACCCCGGUUACAGUACCCCCAGCCAGACAGCACCCGGUUACAGUACCCCCAGCCAGACACGCGCCCCGGUUACAGUACCCCCAGCCAGACAGCACCCCGGUUACAGUACCCCCAGCCAGACAGCGCCCCGGUUACAGUACCCCCAGCCAGACAGCGCCCCGGUUACAGCCCGGUUACAGUACCCCAGCCAGACAGCACCCCGGUUACAGUACCCCCAGCCAGACAGCACCCCAGUUACAGUACCCCAGCCAGACAGCACCCGGUUACAGUACCCCCAGCCAGACAGCGCCCCGGUUACAGUACCCCCAGCCAGACAGCACCGGUUACAGUACCCCCAGCCAGACAGCGCCCCGGUUACAGUACCCCAGCCAGACAGCACCCCAGUUACAGCACCCGCGUUACAGUACACCCAGCACCCCAGUUACAGUACCCCCAGCCAGACAGCGCCCGGUUACAGUACCCCAGCCAGACAGCGCCCCGGUUACAGUACCCCCAGCCAGACAGCACCCCGGUUUACAGUACCCCCAGCCAGACAGCACCCCAGUUACAGUAACCAGCCAGACAGCGCCCGCGGUUACAGUACCCCCAGCCAGACAGCGCCCCGGUUACAGUACCCGGUUACAGUACCCCCAGCCGGACAGCGCCCCGGUUACAGCCCGGUUACAGUACCCCAGCCGGACAGCCCCGGUUACAGCACCCCGGUUACAGUACCCCAGCCAGACAGCGCCCCGGUUACAGUACCCCAGCCAGACAGCGCCCCGGUUACAGUAACCCCAGCCAGACAGCUCCCCGGUUACAGUACCCCCAGCCAGACAGCGCCCGGUUACAGCACCCCGGUUACAGUACCCAGCCAGACAGCGCCCCGGUUCAGUACCCAGCCAGACAGCGCCCCGGUUACAGCACCCGGUUACAGUACCCCAGGCCAGACAGCGCCCCGGUUACAGUACCCCCAGCCAGACAGCGCCCGGUUACAGUACCCCCAGCCCGACAGCGCCCCGGUUACAGUACCCCAGCGGACAGCGCUCCCGGUUACAGUACCCCCAGCCAAAGCGCCCCCGGUUACAGUACCCCCAGCCAGACAGCGCCCCGGUUACAGUACCCCGGUUUACAGUACCCCAGCCGGACCAGCGCCCGGUUACAGUACCCGCCCAGGCCAGACAGCGCCCCGGUUACAGUACCCCAGCCAGACAGCGCCCCGGUUAAAGUACCCCAGCCGGACAGCGCCCCGGUUACAGUACCCCCAGCCAGACAGCGCCCCGGUUACAGUACCCCAGCCAGACGCACCCAGUUACAGUACCCCCAGCCAGACAGCGCCCGGUUACAGUACCCCCAGCCAGACAGCGCCCCGGUUCCAGUACCCCGGUUACAGUACCCCCAGCCGACAGCGCCCCGGUUACAGCCCGUUACAGUACCCCAGCCGGGACAGCGCCCCGGUUACAGUACCCCCAGCCAGACAGCCCCCGGUUACAGUACCCCCAGCCAGACAGCUCCCCGGUUACAGUACCCCCAGCCAGACAGCGCCCCGGUUCCAGUACCCCCAGCCAGACAGCCCCCGGUUACAGUACCCCCAGCCAGACAGCGCCCGGUUACAGCACCCCGGUUACAGUACCCCCAGCCAGAAGCGCCCCGGUUACAGUACCCCCAGCCAGACAGCGCCCCGGUUACAGUACCCCCAGCCGGACAGCGCCCCGGUUACAGUACCCCAGCCGGACAGCGCCCCGGUUACAGUACCCCAGCCAGACAGCGCCCCGGUUACAGUACCCCCAGCCAGACAGCGCCCCGGUUACAGUACCCCGGUUACAGUACCCCCAGCCGGACAGCGCCCCGGUUACAGUACCCCCAGCCAGACAGCGCCCCGGUUACAGUACCCCAGCCAGACAGCGCCCCGGUUACAGUACCCCAGCCGGACAGCGCCCCGGUUACAGUACCGCCCAGCCAGACAGCGCCCCGGUUACAGUACCCCAGCCGACAGCGCCCCGGUUACAGUACCCCAGGCCCCCGGUUACAGUACCGCCCAGCCAGAACGCGCCCCGGUUACAGUACCCCAGCGCCGGGUUACAGUCAUGCCCAGCCGGACAGUGCCCCAGGAACAGAUGACAGGCUGGCAGUGCUCCAAAUAUCAAUAUUGA